AUGCGCGCCAAGACUAUAUUUUCUCCGAAAAGUAUAAAGAGAAGACUACAAGGGAUUGCAGGUUCAAAAAAAAAGAUAACCUCCAGAACCGCCCCACCCCCCAUCGCCAACAUGGAAGACAAAAAGAUCGAAGAUGAAAAGAGCGUAGGCUUAUUAUCGUCUAAGAGUGUUGAAUCUCAAAACAUCGUACUACCAAAGGAUAUCUUCAGAAAUUCAUUUACUUGGUUCUGUUACGAGACUUACAAGUCCCUAGCGUUUCGUAUCUGGUUAAUAUUAUGGUUGCCGCUCACUGCUUGGUGGAAGGUGUCCAGUGAAUGGAUUUAUCCCUUCUUAGCUACCAUUUUUUUAGUUGAAGUGCUAUUCUUCCUCCCCCUCAUCCUAAUUAUAGGUCGCAAACGUGCUAUCUCCAAACAAUAUACCCAGUUUUGCAAAGAAAUCAUUAAUCAUGCYCCAGGUACUGAUGACGAGGACUGGGAGCCUGUUCUAAUAAAUUUCAACUCAUACAUGUAURAAAACAAACUUUGGAAAACCGAGCAUAUGUUUUUUGAUUGCUCGAGCUUCCGAGAAUCAUUUAGAAUAUUCAUUCUAGAGCCAUUUUGCUUGAAAAAGGACAACGAUGCAAAGGUCAAAUCAUUUAAAGAGUCAGUACCCUACAUCGAGGAGGCUUUGCAAGUCUACUUUGCGAGAGUAGAUGAACUAUGGAAUCAGGUCUGUUCUGAAAAGUCGUUGAGCGCCAUUGACUCCAAAGACACUCCACUUCCUAAGCAAUUAUACCGUUUCAAGGCUGUCUGGACUUUCAAGACAGCCCUUAAUAAUGGMGCAUUAGSGGCAAUCAUCCCUUACUUAUAUUGUAUCUUCGUUUCAUGGCGUUACAACAUUUUUGUUCGCGUCUUCUACCUSGGGUUUAUGUUAUUYGUGUUGAUAGCAUAUUUCAAAAAUGYAAGAGUUGCACCAAUGAAAUUGGAACACAAGAUGCACUACAUUUCAACUGUUAUUAGCGAGCAAGAAGUUGGCGCUAAUGGAUGGGACCAAAUCGCAAAGAAAAUGAAUGUGUAUCUGUUCGAACAGAAAGUUUGCAAGAGUCAAGAGUUUUUUUUUGACGGAACUGAUUGCAAAUGGUUCUUUGAUCRCAACUUCUCUAGUUCUCUAUCUUCAAAGAAGUCUAUGUGGCUUUUGCCAUUGAAUGCUGAACUAUGGCCAUACAUUAAGGAAGCGCAAUCAGCCUGUGGCGAAGAAUCUCUAGCGUAG